AUAAAAUACUAUGGCAUCUGAUGAAAUUGAUGUUAAGGAUCUUCUAAAGGCCUCCAGCAAGGUCUUCAAGAAAUAUAAUGGACGAGUCUCCAUGAAGAGAUAUAAGAAAGUACUAGAGUCAAUAGGCGUUAUCCCUGAAGAUGAAUACCAGCUACAAGAGUACUUCCAAUCUGUAGAUCAAGAUGGUGAUGGAUAUGUAACUUAUGAAGAUUUUGAGUAUUGAGUCUUACAGCCAUUGAUUGGAGAGCCAGAGCAAGAAACUAAUACCGGAACUGAUGAUCUUAGUUAUGCUGAGCAAAGUUUACUCACUCUAGAGAAGUUGUCAGAGUUCAAAAGUCUUUUUAACUACUACAAAAAGAAUAAUCGGGCUAAAAUUUCUGAUAUGAAGCAGGAUAUUUUAGAUAAUUUCAAGGGAUUUGUGAUAACUCUAUCAGAGUUCGAUACCUUCUUUAAAGACUUUGAGUAUGAUCAAAGUGUCAAAGAGGAUCAAUUCUAUGAUAUCUUCAACUUUUAUGAGCAAAAAAUACUUGAGAAAGCUUCAGUCUUCGGAAAUAGAGCUGAAGAUACCCAGAAAGAAAUAGAUGUUCAAAUGCAAAAUCAACAGGAAGAGCAAAAGGAAGAGAAGUCAAGUGAUUAUGUUGACGAUAUUAUUGGAGAUGGUGAAGGCUCUGACGAUGAAAAUGAACCAGACCCAGAGACCGCCUUACAAGAAAUAAUCGAUUGCGUAAUAGAUAUGGAUGAUUUCGAAUCAAUGAACACCAAACAAAUGGGAAUGAUCAUCCUCAAACUUAAAUCAAAAGCAGACAAAGUAUGUGAAAAGGUGGAGAGAAUUGAGAAGAAGAAUACCAAGUAUAAGAACCAACUUGAUGUCCUCAAAAACGAGAAGGAAUAUUUUAAGAAUAAAAACACCAAAUUGCAAGCUCAGAACGAAGACCUGAAAGAGAAGAACUACAAAAUGGAAGGAGACAUAGAAGAUCUUAUGAGAUUCGAAAAUGAUUUCCAGAGAAUGGUCCAACAAUGUGAAGAGAAAGACAUGGAAAUCCUAAGGCUAGAAGAUGAAGUUGAUGAUCAGAAAAGAAAGCACUACGACCUCGAGAGAGAAUUUAGAAGCGCACAAGAAAAUGUAGCUCCAGGCUUAUCACAGGAUGGUCUUCUUGAAAGAAUCCAGAAUUUAGAAUAUGAGCUUAGUUCUUAUAAGUCAUAUGUUGCUCAGGACUUACCUGAGAACAAGGAUUUCCAAGAUGACUCAAGAAUGACUUCAAGAAUCUCAUUAAAGCCCAGAAAUGCCAAAGAAGCUGAAAACAAGGACAAAUCAGAAGAGGAGUUCCAUCAAAGUAACAAAUUGAUGGAACUUGUCGAAGAUCUUACUGAGCAAAACAGGGGCUUAGAAAAGAGUGAGCAAGAAGCACUGAUAAAGUUCGAAAAAGAGUACUCCAAAAAGAUAAGAAUCCUCGAGCAGACUGACAAGAUAAAGAAAGAUCUUGAAAAUCAGAUGGCCCUGAUUAUGAUUGAGAACGAAACUCUCCUUAAGGAGAACCAAUGGAGGAAGGAAUUCAACGUUACAAAUGCCAAGGAAAUCGAGUCAAUAGUCAAGGAAAAUAAGAUCUUAAAGAUGAAGGUUCAAGACCUUGAAAAUGGUAAUGCCAAUUGGAGGCUAAAGUAUGAAAACCAAGAGCUUAUUAAGAAGAACGUUGAAACAAACCCUCACUUUAGACAAACUUAUGUAGAAAUAAUGUCUCAGAGGAAGUCUGUAGACCAAUACAGGGGAAGACUUAGCACUAUAGUUAAGGCUCAAGAGACAGCUAGAGCUACUCAGAAGCAGAGAUUACAGACUAAUUUCUUUGGUAAAAAGACAGGCACCAAAGUUGAAAAUAUAGUAGAAGAAGCUGAUGAAGAAAACAGUGAAGAAGGAAACCUAGCUGAUGAGCUUGGGGGACUAGAAGAUUUCGGUGAACCUGACUUCGGAGAUUUAGAGCAAAGAGACGGAAGUGAACAUGAGGACAAAGUUGCAAAUAAUGAUGGAAUUUACAGAGCUAGUGAAUUUGAUAAUGAUAGGUUCACUCUUCUGAAUAAAGAAAGAACAUCCCAUAUUAAUAUUGGUGGAGGUCUCCAAGCUAGAGAUUUUAAGAAAGUAGCCCUUGAAUCUAUUGUAGAGGACGAGUUCUAUGAUCCCGUGGCUGAACAAGUUAGAGAGCUCAAAGAACAACAGGAGAUUAAUAAGACCAGAGUUAUGAAAGAAAUUAAAGAAAAAGAGAAAGAAGAAAAGGAAGAAAAAGAAGAAAAUAAAGAAGAAUUAGAAAAUUCUGAAGAUGAUGAAGACCAAGUUGAUGAAGAAUUAUUUAAUGAAAUCGGGAAUACUACAAAUACAGUUGAAGCUAUUAGAGCUACAGUUGCUAAGAUUGUUAAACCAAAUCUUGUAACCAGCUCAACUCAGACUAUUUGUAAAACUGAAGAAGUCCAAAUUGAUAACACUAAAGCAAUGAUUAUCUACUCAGAUCCUGUUAUAGAUGAGCCAAUUUCAAUUGAAGGUAAGACCGAAGUCACAAAUGAAACACUUGAAUCGAAGACUGCUGAAAGGAUAGAUCCACCAAUGUCAUAUGUUCAGGAUACUACUGAAUCUCUCACCUCUGGCGAUACAGGAAGAGUGAUGCUCAAAAUGCAAAAUAAAGAAGGCGAAGUUUUACUAAUUGAUAAAGGUAAAAAUAAAAUAGUUGAGACAAACACCAUUGAUGUUCAGACAGAUAUCGAGCUUAAAGACAAUGUUGUUCCAAAGAUUGAAAAGAGAGAGGUUGCUCCAGUAGCAGCAAUUGAUGAAGAUGAAGAAAACUCUGCUAAUUAUGACUCUUCAGAAGGAGAAGAGGAACAUUUGGAUGAUGAUGGAGCAAAUGAACUCUUUGGUGGAUUAGAGCAUCAAGACUCGAGAGAACCCAAUCUUAGAGUUAUAACAGAAGAAGAUGACGAGGAUGGGACUUUCAAAACUAGACCUAAGCAAUCAGUCAAAGAAGAAGACAAGAAAGAAGACAAGAAAGAAGAAAAGAAAGAAGAUAAAAACCAAAAGGUUAACCAAGAAACUACUCAAAGGAUCAAAACCAUUCUUGAGCAGCAGAUUAGGAAGAGUCAGAUUGGAGGAAGAGGACAAAGUAAUUUGAGAGAUAAGUCAAUCAUCAACAGGAUCUCUCGAAUCAAAAACUUCGACUUCCUUGCUCUCAGAUCUAAGGAUAAUAAGAACUACAAGAGAGUUAAGAGAAUUCUUGAAAGAUAUGACGAAUUCCCAAAAGGAAAGAAGAAAGAGCAACUAGAGUGUUUCACUGAAUACAUUUAUAAAAUAGAUACGAAUAUGAAGAAGAGCAAGAGAAAGAUAAUGAUAACACCUAAUGCUUUCUAUCAACUCAGCAAGAACUUCUCAGUGGUUUACAGAGUCCCAAUAGAGAGUAUCAAGGCACUGACUCUCAUCAAGAAGUCCGCAAAUGUUAUUGCGAUCCAUUGCCCAGGCACAUUUGACCAUCUCAUUGAGAUUGUCAGAAGAACAGAGCUGGUAAUGUUCCUCAUGCAUAUGUUCGAGAUCAGGAAUCUCAAGUUCCCUAGAGUAAACUAUGCAGAUGGGCUCAAGACAAAAAGUCAAAGGAGCAAUAAACCAGAGGAGAAGAAGUUGCUCAAGUUUGAUCCUUCUGUCAAGCACGAUGUGAGUAAGACUAAUGUAACUCUCCUGAACAAAUUAUCCGGAAUUAACUUCAUUAACUCACAGAAGUAUGGGUACCUCAGUAAAAGAGCAAAAGGAUGGUUCAAGGAAUGGUCUGAAAAAUUCUGUGUAGUUACUAAUGUUGGACUUCUUUACUAUGACGAUGCAGAUAAAAAGCCAAAGAAUCUCUUCCCAAUCAUUGAUGCUACUAUAUUAGCAGUAGACAAGAAGACUUAUAAAAGGAAUUUUGUAUUCCAAAUAAAGGCAUUCAAGUGGGAAAUAACCUUUGCUGCUCAAUCUGAGCAAGACUAUCUUGAGUGGAUGGAAGCAUUUGAAAAGUUACAGAAGGAAACUGAUAAGAGAAAAGAUGCUUUGAUCAAUAAUGGCAUUUUGAACAAUAAGCUAAUGCAGAAAUACAAUAGUAUCAAUGAUCCAAAUAAGGGAUCAUAACUUAUCAGAGCUAAAAUGGGAUGUCUCAGACAUUGUGCUCAGGAUUAAGAAUAUUUUUGGCUAAUUUUACA